AUGGAGGUUUUAAAACAGCUACAUACUUCUGUCUUUCAGAAUUUCGACACACUUUUCGAUGAAGCCUAUAAAUCCUUACAUACGGAGCUCGCGCGUCGCGAUGAGUAUGCCAAGGAGAUGGGCGAGAAGCCAGCAGGUAGAGAGAGAAACAAUGUUUCUGCGGAGGUUUUGAAGCUCAACCGCGAGAUUUCCCUAUUGAGAGAGGAAAUUCGUCGAAACGAUGUGGACCAGGAGGACAUGGAGGGACUGGAAAAAUUGGUCCGAUUGAAGGACGUAUAUUCACCAGAACACCUCCAGUGGGUAUUUGAGACUGGCGAGCAGGAAGAUGGACCCUUCACAGCGGACAAAAUGAAGGCCGUCUGGGAUCAAUAUGUGGCGCUUUAUGCGGAUUUCCAGACGCUGAUUGAUGCGUCCAAAGAUCUCAAGGCGAAGAUUAAACGUCACAAAAAAAAGUUACACUACUGGGGUGAUCACCUUAACAAGGAAGAAUUCACACUUGUACUUGAUGGCCGUGCAGUCAAAUUCAGACAGGUCCCAGAAAAUGCCAAAGAUGAUAUGGCACACACCCCCUCGAAAAAGUCGACACUGUCUUCCACUGAUUUGCCAGUGAAGGUUGGAGGUGCUUCUGCAGAGGUACAUUUAACUCCCUCAGACUCGACUGCAUCCAAGCACAAUGGUGAUCACACCCAGACACAAGGCAAUGGACGAUUGCCUCCUUCUAUUUCCAUGGAGCCAGCGUCAACACAGUCCGAAACCUCAAUCGACAGCGACGAAACCGCUUCAACUCCUCGGCUCCCCGAACAUUCGACAGGAUCGAAAGCUGGAACAUUGAAAAGAAAGCACGAUACAAUUACAGAUCAUUCUUUGAUUAGGCCGGGCCAUGGCGGGAUUCUGGCGAACGACCGGUUAGCGCAGCCCGUUCUGAUAAAGAGCGAGAGCAUGUCCUCUAGCCCCAUACGAAUCCUCCUUGAACAUAACGGUCCAGCUGGAACUCAGGACUUGGACGAGGUUGGCAGCGCCGUUGAAACCCCGAGAAAAAGAAAGUUCUAUCAUUUGGACAGCCAGUCCCAUGAACCUCCAUCAGACACCGCUAAGUCUCCUUUGUCCUGCAAUCCAACAGCUCUACCGUUCAAUCGCCACCAAAUUGAGGCGAGCCAGCUGGCUCCCAAGCGACUCACAGUGCUUCAACCUGUGGACAGUAAUUUGCCAAGCGCAAAUAGCCCUAGGAUACGGUCAGGGCAAAAGCUACCGAAUAAGUCAGAGAGACGUAGCAAGUAUGCCUUAGACUCGGUAGCGGAGGAUGGAGAUGAAAAUUUGAGGCUCGUCCCAAGGAAAGGCCGAGUGAAGCAGGCAUCCCGUGUCCAGUUGGCACAGGCAACUACGAGCAUAGACAACGUAUUGACACAGCAGCGACUGGAUGAUCUCCUGGAACGGCCCUUGCGCCCCCGGCAUCCAUUGCACAUACGGAAGAAGAAUGGAGACAUUGCUGAGGUCGAGCCUGACCAACGGGACACUUCCCGUGAUUUAUUUACACCAGCCUCGGGGGGUCUCAAGGAAGCCUCAAAGAUCAAUGAGCCAGCUCAAUCCGCCAUUGAUAGGCCUUGCAUAUCAGCCCCAGACCCAGAAAACCCACAAGCCUCUCAGCAGGAAGGGUUGCGGUCGCAUUCAUUCGAAGUUCCUAAUACGACUGAUGUACACUCGGAAGACGAACCUUAUCGAGCUCGACCGCUUCACCGACUCGAUCUUAGACAUUUCAAGAUCAACCCCAAGGUCAACCAAGGCCUGGACUUCGCGUACGAUACAGUUGUCCGCAGAAAGGACGAACGCAAGUGUAUCAGUGGCUGCACGCGUCCGGGUUGCUGUCGAGAGAAAUUCCAUGCUAUGGCGCGUCUUGCUGGCCCUCCAGCCAGUACGGAGGGCUCAAACGACAGGGAAGAAGAGCAGGAAAUCUUGGAGGACUACCUCGGUGAAGAGAAACAUCUACUCGACCAGCUGAGCGCCGAAGAACGUCAGAGCCUCCUUCAUGAGGCCAGAGCGAGGCGCAUGGCCAACCUCUACAGUAAACAUAGACAUGACCAUCAGCGUCCAAGCACGCCUCCUGGAUUUUGGCGAACGGACAUGCCUGACACACAAGAACUGGAACAUGAUCGCGAAGUAGCGAACAAUCUCGAGAGGGAAAAAGUGAAGGAGCGGUAUAGAGAAGCAAUGCGUGGCGGAAUGUGGAAAUUCGCUGAUGAAUAA